GUUUGCGACCUCCUCGCGGCCCCUCCCCCUUGCUGUUUGCGGCAGCGCUCGGCGGGGCGGUUGGGUGCGCGCGGUUGCUAGGGUCGCUUUACGGCCCGGCGAUGGCGGAGGGCGAGCGGGCGGAGCAGACCGGCGGCCACGGGCGGCCCCCCCUGGUGGGGGCGGCGGGGGCGCUGGAGCGGGCGGAGGCCCUCAAGAGCCAGGCCAACGAGUACUUCAAAGGCAAGGACUACGAGAACGCUGUGAAAUAUUACAGCGAGGCCAUCGACCUGAACCCCGCCAAUGCCAUCUACUAUGGCAACCGCAGCCUGGCCUACCUGCGGACGGAGUGCUAUGGCUACGCGCUGGCCGACGCCACCAAGGCCAUUGAGCUGGACAAGAAGUACAUCAAAGGCUACUACCGGCGGGCUACCAGCAACAUGGCCCUGGGCAAGUUCAAGGCCGCCCUGCGCGACUACGAGACGGUGGUGAAGGUGAAGCCAAACGACAAAGAUGCCAAGAUGAAGUAUCAGGAGUGCAACAAGAUUGUGAAGCAGAAGGCGUUCGAGCGCGCCAUCGCCAGUGAUGAGCACAAACGCUCCGUGGUCGACUCCCUGGACAUAGAGAGCAUGACCAUCGAGGACGAGUACAGCGGCCCCAAGCUGGACAACGGGAAGGUGACGCUAGCGUUCAUGAAGGAGUUAAUGCAAUGGUACAAGGAUCAAAAGAAACUCCACAGAAAAUGUGCCUAUCAGAUCUUGGUGCAGGUGAAGGAGGUGCUCGUCAAACUCCCCACUCUAGUAGAAACCACGUUAAAAGAGACAGAGAAGGUCACCGUGUGCGGAGACACCCAUGGACAGUAUUACGACUUGCUGAAUAUAUUUGAACUGAAUGGGCUGCCGUCUGAAACGAACCCAUAUAUAUUUAACGGGGAUUUCGUUGACCGCGGCUCCUUCUCUGUAGAAGUGAUAUUAACGCUGUUCGGUUUUAAGCUGCUGUAUCCGGAUCAUUUCCACUUACUCCGUGGGAAUCACGAGACGGACAACAUGAACCAGAUCUACGGGUUCGAGGGGGAGGUGAAAGCCAAAUACACAGCCCAGAUGUUUGCGCUUUUCAGCGAGGUCUUUGAGUGGCUGCCCCUGGCGCAAUGCAUCAAUGGCAAAGUAUUGAUAAUGCACGGUGGGCUCUUCAGUGAAGACGGGGUCACGUUGGACGACAUCCGGAAGAUUGAGAGGAAUCGGCAGCCUCCGGAUUCAGGUCCCAUGUGCGACUUGCUGUGGUCCGACCCGCAGCCUCAGAAUGGCCGGUCGGUCAGCAAGCGCGGCGUGAGCUGUCAGUUCGGGCCAGAUGUCACCAAAAGCUUCCUGGAGCGGAACCAGCUAGAUUACAUCAUCCGGAGCCACGAAGUCAAGUCCGAGGGCUAUGAAGUGACACACGAGGGCAAGUGCAUCACCGUCUUCUCGGCACCCAACUACUGCGACCAGAUGGGGAACAAAGGUUCAUACAUCCACCUGCGGGGCUCUGACCUACGCCCCGAAUUCCACCAGUUCACAGCUGUGCCUCACCCGAACGUCAAACCGAUGGCCUACGCCAACACCCUCCUCCAGCUGGGGAUGAUGUAACCUCCCACGUCACCGCCGCCCCCGCCUGGAGGCCCCCCAUGCUAGGCAGAGACAGGCCCUCGGCCUUUUUACUUUCUUCCGCCAUCAGCCCGGGCUGCCCAGGCGCUGGAGCGUCCAUCACGGGGGCCAGGGAGAGGGGGUUGCCGUGGUUCUCUUCCCCCCCACGCCAAGCCUAUUUGUAGUGUUGCCGUGAGCUAGUGCUGCACAGCUGAGAGGCAGAGCAUUAGCAAGGAGUAUUUUUUUUU